AAGUUUUCACGCAGUAAUUAACUUCAUUGUCAGCCAUGGCUUUUCAAUAUUUGCUAAUAAAAAUGCUCGCCACCCAAGCCUAGAACAAAUACUUCAGCUAGUUAUCGAAUAACUUGUUGCUUUUUUUUUUUUAAUGUGAAAAGAUAUUAUCAUAUUAUCAUAUCAAGGCAUUCUUGUAGAUUUCCGGUAAUAUUUUUUAGUAAUCUCCAGUCUUCACAAUUCUUCACGCACUGAAGAGUGGUAUCGUCGAACGAAAUCCGACUGAAUUUCUUACCAACUUUUUGUGAUAAUAUUUGGAAUAUUUCGACACUUUUGUCGUAAGUUAUAUUCAUUAAAAAUCUGUGUGAAAUCUUACAAUGUAGUUAAUGACUGAAUUAAGCAUCGAUCAAAUCGAAGAUUACCUUCUUCACCCAAAUAGAAAAGCUAGGUCUAGGGCUAGGGGAAUAGUGAAUAAUAUAGGAGUAUGAGUAUGUGUAGGACUAUGACUAUGACUAUACUGACUAUACUGUAUAGUAUUUAUAGACUAUGACUAUAGACUAUGACUAUGACUAGGCUCACUAGACUAGUUAGAAGUUCAGUAUUAUUUAAAUUAUUAUUUUACUUAUAAAUGAAUAAUCGUAUGCAUAAGAAGUCAGUAUAGUAGUAGACGUCAAAGUCAUUUGUCUGAAUUAUAGUUAAAUUAUAGUAUAUAUUAUUUAAGUAAAAGUCAUGUAAAAAAUUAAUGUUAAUUUUAAAUAUUAAAAGUCUAUUCAUUGUUCAUAUAUUAAUUAUUAAUCAAUCCCAUAUUGGCCAUAUUCAUAUAUAAAAUUAAUUAUUAUAUAUAUCAAAUUAUAAUUGAACUAGUUCUAAGUUUGCCCUAAAGUGCGUAAAACCUUUAUUUUAUUUCCUAAGCCGAAGCCUAAACUAAUAAUAAUACUAAUAAAUACUAAUUAUAAUUAUAAUCGAAGUGUCUACAGUCUACAUGUCCGGCGACCUGACAAAUAAGUUCUCAAUAGGCAGUAUGCCCGCCAGAUGAAUAUCUCCCGCUCUAUUUGUCCGGUUGCCGGACGUUUUAUAUUCAAUUACAUGUCUAUUACAGUCUAUCAUGUCAUGAUAGUCAUUUAUUGACUGUAAACAUACUUUUAUAUUUAUAAUAUUAUUUUUUUAUCUUAACUUAUUACUAAAAGUGUUUUAAACUUACUAUUAACUUCAAUUUAAUUUCAUGUUUUCACAUUUAUAAUGAACAAAUGGUUAAAAAGUGACAAUGUUAAAUUAAGUGUGACAUGCCCACCGGAUGAAUAUCUCCUGCACUAUUUGUCUGGUCGCUGGACAUUAGACACUGCCAAUGAUAAUUCAAGUGAAAAAUUUAACUACCUAGAUUUUGUGUCAGUUGUCAGUACUUAGUUUUGAACUUUACUGAGCCUUUUCUCUUGCACCAAUUUUCUACCCCCACUAAGGGAGUGAGUAUUAUUAUUAAUAUAUUAUUGAAACAUGUUGAUAGCAUCAUCAUACAAUGUAAUAAUACAAAUAUCUCUUAUAUAUAUUUUACGUGUGGUGUGACUGCUUCCAUCUCCGGAUAGCAUGCAAAAUAUAAUUCCUAAUAACUACGCUAAAUAUUUUGUAAAAUAACGCAACUGCGUUUGAUGCGUAAUUUGUUUUUUUCGGAAAAUGAAAUCGCCUCAAUUUAAAUAUGGUGUAAUAAAUAUUCGGUUUAAAAGUGGUUGAGAAAUCAGAAUAUUUAUAUAAUUCAUGGAUGUGAAAUAAAAAAUGUGUAGUGACGUAUCAUGGAGGAAGGGGUUUAGCAAAAAUUGGGAUUCUUAAAUAUGCGUUACUUUAACUUGAGUUUCUGUUUUGUCUAGUAACUUAGGUAGAUGGAAUUUCAUUGCUGUCGCCAAUGUUUUGCGAGCUAUAAAAAGUAUUGAUAUUUUUGUUGUCUGAGUAGGCCUAAACUUUAAAUUUAUUUAUUUAUUUAUUUAGGCAUUUUUAUAUAGCGCUUACCAUAAAGCUCUAAGCGCUUUACAAAUAUUAAAAACAUGUAAACUAAGUAAAAUAAAAAAAAAUGAGACACUAGGAUAGUAACUACUAUACUAUAGAAACAAUUAAAAUGUCUAUAGACAAUUUCAAUGGGACAAUAGGCUAGUUCAGUUGCCUCAUCAUACUCAUACUGUAAUCUCAGUCUAUAAACAGACUUUGAGAACCACAUUUUUAUCAGAAUCUUCAAACUAAAACAUAUAAGCUUUUAAUUUCUAUGUAAUGCUUAUUCUUUAAUUUCUUUUGUCGGCUGAAACUGAAAUGUCCUUGUAAUUGUCCUGUCUUUUUUUCAAGCCAACACAUAUAUCAUACCUAGUACAGUAGUAGGCCUACCACCCUAACCCUAAUGAGACUAAUUCAUUGAAAUUGAUGAAUGAAUUUGAAUCAUGCAUUCAACAUUGAAUGACUAUUGAUCAGGGAUUAGGAGCAGGCUUUUUGGCUGAGCUCUGCUCCUGACAAAUGUUUUCAGCCCCUCUCCAACCUCUUGUCAAAUUUAAAAGGGAGAUGAGUUGGUUUAGGGCAGGGGUCGGCAACCUUUAGAGACAGAAGAGCCAAAAGUUACAAUUUACAAAAUUUCACAGUUUUUAAAGAGCCACUAACAUUUUUAUUUCAAUAAAAUUAUUUAUAUUUGCGCAUAGAACUGGAGAGCCGCAUCUUGACAUCAAAAGAGCCGCAGGUUGCCGACCCCUGGUUUAGGGGAGUUCUUAGUGUUUAAAGAAAUGUAUUUAUUAUUUUGUCACUAACCCAAAUUAUUAACCAGGCAAUGGAAAUGCAUGCGACAGCAACAUGGCUGAUAGAAGAGGGUGCAACAUAACUGUUAGAAGCGGGGGCAACAUAGCGGAAAGAAGAGGGGGGCAUUGGAAAUGCAUGUAACAGCAACUUAGCUGGUAGAAAAUUAUGAGCAACAUCUGUAUUGUAGAAUAGGGGGGCAAUAUAGCUGGUAUAAGAAGGGGCUAGAUACAUAGCUGGUAGAAGAGGGGGCAACAUAGCUUGUAGAAAAGGGGGUGCAACAUAGCCAAAAAAGAGUGGGGCAGCAUAGCUGAUCUAAGAGGAGGUAACAUAGCUGGUAGAAGAUGGGGCAACAUAGCUGACAGAAGAGGGGGAAACAAAAGUGUUAGAAGAGGAGGCAACAUAACUGGUAGAAGAGGGGGCAACAUAGAUGAUAGAAGAGGGGGCAACAUAACUGGUAGAAGAGGAGGCAACAUAGCUGAUAGAAGAGGAGGCAAAAUAGCUGGUAGAAGAGGAGACAACAUAGUUGAUGAAAGAGGAGGAAACAUAGAUGGUUGAAGAGGAGGCAACAUGGCUGAUAGAAGAGGAGGCAACAUGGCUGAUAGAAGAGGAGGCAACAUAACUGGUAGAAGAGGGGAAACAUAACUGGUAGAAGAGGAGGCAACAUAACUGGUAGAAGAGGGGGCAACAUGACUGGUAGAAAAGGGGAUGCAAAUAGCUGAAAAGGAGUUGGGAAACAUAGCUCGUGUAGUAGAAGAGUUGAGGCAACUUUUUAAUUAAUUGAAAAGUUCAAUUUAUUAAUUUUUUAAAUUAUAUUUUUAAAAUUAAUUUUUUAAUAAAUUUGAGAAAUUUUAUCAGUUCUCCUCCAGCUCUGGGCAAAAAAAACCCUGCUCCAAAUCCCUGCUAUUGACUAUUUUAGUUACUAUUCAUAUAAUCAUAUUCAUAUAACUAUAUAGGCUAUAAGCCUAGGCACCAAACUGAAAAUAAUUGAGAAUAGCUCAUAGAGAUAGUCAUAGAUAGGAAGAAUUAUUUUAAGUCAUCCCUAAUUAAAAGUAACAAGUGACAAAAUUUACUAAAUUAAAAAGAAAAGAAAAUGAGACAUUAUGUUAAAUAGUAGCCCUAUAUUAUUUGCUUACAUAAUUUUUCAUUACUUACUGUAACUUAUCCACAUAGAACAUAGGCUACGUGUCUUCUAAAUAAAAAUACUAUAUUCUAGGGCCUAAGCAAAUUAGUAAUUAAGUAAUACUAAAAGGCAUUAAAAUGUCAUUAAAAUAAAACACCUAACAGAUGGUCUAUCAAAAAUGACAUGCAUGCUAUAACCAAGGACUAUUUUAUUGUGCAAACUUAGAACUAGUUGUAUAACUGUGUCAGUAAAUGAAAAGCAUGAUUUCCUCAUCAACACCAGUAACAGAAACAUUGCAAAUCCCAUCUACAUGCAUAGGAGCCAAAAUGAUCAAUAAAUUGAUCGUGGGCCCUUAAGAUAUAGAAGAAGAAGAAAAGUAGUCUGUUAGAAUUAACCACAUGAAGGUUAGGUUGCAGGGAAGGGUUAGACUAUUUUGAAUUAUCACCUCACUUUUUAAAAAUAGAGCUGCUUUGGUUAAUUUAUUAAGGAAAGAAUUGAUAACCAAAUGCAUCAUGCGACACACAGAGGUAAAAAGCUUUCAUAAGUAGCAUAAUUAUGAUUAGUCUUGUAACUGAGGUAUUUGUUACACUUGAGUGCAAUUUGAAUAAAUAUUUUUUUUUCUUUCUCCAGUAUAUAGUGUCAGUGCAUUUACAGAACAUGGGCGACAGAUAUAACAUCCACAGCCAGCUUGAACAUCUCCAGUCAAAAUAUAUUGGAACAGGCCAUGCAGAUACUACCAAAUGGGAAUGGUUGACCAAUCAGCAUAGAGAUACUUAUGCAUCUUAUCUUGGACAUUUUGAUAUGUUAAACCAUCUCAGUUUGGUUGAAAAUGAGUCCAGGGCUCGAGUUCGGUUUAAUAUAAUGGAGAAAAUGCUUCAACCUUGUGGUCCUCCACCAAAACGUCCAGAAGAUUAAUAUUUAACUGUUAAAUCUUGUUUGAUAUGUUAUGUUUUGUGAAUGACUUAUCAUGGAAUUCAUUACUGUAACGUAAAUGAGGUUAUUAAUUCUUUAAAUCACAUUGAAAUACUUAAUAAAAAUCAUCCUUGUCAAUUUUAGCCUUA